GUUGACUUGCACAAAAUCUGAUUUGAGCCAAACACAUUAUCACUUCAUUUUUACCGCACUGGGGUACUGGUAAUAAUCCGCUCACCCUAAUGGUCCACGUCCUGUCUAUGGGUUGCUUGAAGUGUUCGGGAGAACAUCUUAUAGGUCGAUUCAUGGACAUCGGAAAACUCGUACACGCAAUCAAUGAUUGUGGUCACAUGAAAAGAGCAUCACUCAGAUAUUGCCGGCCGUCGACGCGAACGUGCGUCAGGUAGAGUCCGACUCCACAUGCUGCCCUUUUAUGUUUAGAAUACCGUCCGUGCAGACUUAAGGCAGCUCGCCACAAUGCUUCCCUUUUCGAGGUUGUCUGGUUUCAUAUUACUGGCUUCUUAUCAAGUACGCGCGAGUUCUAUCGAUCCCACCACAUACACUGCUUCUGGCGCCUUUCCGACCUCGUUAUAUGGGACGUACUGGAAUGACCCUACUGCUACUUCGGCGCAGCCUCAGCCUGUGAUAACCGAUCCUGUGACUAAUGAGAUAUUCCCCUAUGAGCUGACAGAUCCUGCCAACUUCCCAAAGGCGACACCUUCGCAGCUUAUGGAACAGGCUCUUGCGCAAAUCAUGGCGAUUGCCAGCAAUCCAGUUUUCGGCGAUGAUACAUGUACAAAGUGCCAAGCCUCUCUCGCAGUUGCUAAAAUGCUCGUGCUUGGGGCUCCUGAACAGGGCCCCUUACUUGCUGAGGCAGUUUGCCAGUACUUCGACUAUUCGACAACGUGCUACGAUGAAUACAGCGAGCUUGCGCUCGGUUCAACGUUCUCGCAAGUUCUUGCGUUUGCCAAUGCUGGCGGAUAUGACGGCCAGAAUCUUUGUUCACAUAUUGGCCUGUGCACCGUGCCGCCAGCGGUUCCACUUAACAUGACUGGCUGGUUCGCAAAACCGAAACCAAACCCGCUGCCACCUCCAAUACAACCGAGCGGGGAGCGUCUGAAGGUCUUCCACAUUUCUGACAUUCACCUCGACCCUCGCUACGCGAUAGGAUCUGAGGCUAAUUGUUCCGCAUAUAUGUGCUGCCGUGAAAAUGCUUUCAAUGCAGCGACUCCCGACCAGAUCGUCCUUCCCGCAGCGCGCUUCGGAAGUUAUUGGUGUGAUUCUCCAUUGGACUUGAUGGCUGCGGCGAUGGAAUCCAUCGGUCCUCUCACUGGUACAGAACAGAGUGGGUUUAACUUCAGCCUCUUCACCGGUGACUUGACUGCGCACGACUCCGACAACCAGUAUUCAAGGUUCGUUGUAUUUUACGGCUUGUUGAGGAAAUUCGUUGGGCCCGCGCCUGUCUACGCGACGAUCGGAAACCACGAUACCUACAUGCAGUUCCAAAUGAUCCCGUACACAACGGGCGGUCCUCUCGGGAUGCAAUUCAACUGGCUGUAUGAACACAUUUCUUCUAUGUGGCAGUACGAAGGCUGGCUUCCUGAAGCGACGGUCGCGUAUGCUUCAACCCACUACGCUGCAUAUGCCGUGACACGCCCGGACGGCCUCAAGAUCAUCUCACUUGAUACCAACCUUUGGUACACGUAUGUUGACAACUACUACUCCUAUAUCAACUCUACGGAACCUGAUCCAUACGGUAUCUUGCAAUUCCUCACGGAUGAGCUACAGGCUUCUGAGGAUGCCGGUGAAAGAGUAUGGAUUACCGGACAUGUGUUGAGCGGAUGGGACGGAACUGCAGCGCAGGUCAAUCCCACCAACCUAUAUAUCUUCUAUGGCCACACCCACGAGGACCAGCUUUCUAUCUUCUACGCUAACAAUGGCACAGUUAUGACUGCUGAGACUGCGUUGACAGCAUCUUGGAUUGGGCCGUCACUCACUCCCUUGACAAAUCUCAACUCUGGAUUCCGUGUUUAUGUCAGCAACGUGAACGAGUACCCAGCGUUGGACGAUCAGACUGAGGUCGGCCCGUCGUACUACCUGGAGUACAGUACCCGUGAUGCAUACGGGGGAAACAUCACUUGGGGCGCAAACGACCCCCUCAACGCAACAUGGUGGCACCUUGUUACCGAACAAAUGCAGGCCGAUCCUACUCUAGUCCAGACAUUCAACACAUACCAAUCAAAGAGCUCUGUCGCAGGCCUGAACUGCACUGGGGAGUGUAUCCCUGCUAAAAUAUGCUACAUGCGCAGCGGUUCGAGUAGCCUGGCGUACCAGAACUGUCCUGCUGGAUACUCCUCGACGCAGUGAAAGACUACAGUGAUCACAUGUAUAGCUGCAGCAAUUCGAUAAUAGUGUGCAAGCUUCUCUGGGAAUGCAUCAUGUCUGAUAUCAAUCACCUUGAAUUAUAUGACCUUGGUAGCCAAGCUGCACAAAAACAAAAAC